GUUCGAACGGGGCUGGCCAGCGAACACGUCGCCAAAGAUGGGCCGAAGAGGCCCGGAUGCAAGGUGACAGCUGUUUCCUUCCAGGGUGACGGUCGUUACCAGGGGGGUGGGGGCGGCGGGCGGGAGGGCAACGGAAACGGCGGCCGCGGAGAGAACCCGCCAGGGUGCGCCUGCGCCAUCGUCGCAUCAACCGCCGGUGCGCACCACAUCAUGUAGGGGGACGUCCAGGCAACCACCCAGAGCUCGAUCAUUAGCGUUACCCAGGGGGGCCUUGUAUCGUCGGACCUAGGCCAGAAGAACACUCUUCGAGAACAUGAAACCCUCCGCCGACCAAACCAAACAGAACAUCCAAGGGUGCCCGCCCCAGGAUGCUCAAGAACAUCCAACAAUCACGAAAAACACGAGGUGACCCUGGCAGAACCGACCUCGAUCUUAUACCUCGGUCCGCUUGUAACGAGCGCUGAAUUGGGGAGGAAAAGACACUCACAAGGGUACACGUCGUUCAUUUCGAAUCGUGCUCAUUUCUCAUUGUGCUCGAUUCUGUCAUUAUUCCUGCCCCUAGUGGCCAGGAGGAGGCCCAGGAUAGACCACUCAGAAAUGAAAGGCUCUUGGCCCCUCAAAAAUCAAAGAACUUUUGAAGACUUCGAAAUGCACAGCGGGCAGCCACAGAGAGCUUCUCAUGCCUGCAGACGCGCCUUCCCUGCAGCUCCCGAGGCGGUGCGGAGAGGCGGCCACGGCUGGCGAGGUCGGCGGGCACCUGCGGAACACCUCGGCCCCGCGACCCCGCGGGGCGGCUAGCCUGGGGGGCGGAGGGCCGUCUUGGGCGCGGCGGGCUUCCCGGUUGCUGUCCGCGCGAGGCCGACCACGUCCAUCACGGGCACCGGGACGCUGCCGUCCAGGGGGAAGGCGGCGGGGCAGCAGGGGCAGACCUGCUGGCGGCACGCCUCCCUGCUGACGCCGUGUCGGCGGAGGCCCGCGCGGAAGAGGCCCACCGCGUGCUCGUAGAGUGGGCGGUCGAGCCGGUCCGUCCAGCCGGCCAGGGCGGAGGUGUUGUGCUGCGCGGCGGGCUCCAUCAGGGUGUGGCACUCGGGUGGAAGCGCGGGUCGUGGCACUGCUUCCUGUAGCGGGAGGUGGAGGGGCGAAUGUUGACGAACUCACCCUGUCGGCACCUGCCCCCGAACAUCGCGUGGAAGAGACAUAUGGACAAGUCGUACUCCUCUGUGAUCCCCACAAACGCGAAACCCUCGUCCAAGUGCUUGAUCGCCGUAUUAACGUGCGCUUCUGUCAGAGGCUUGGAGUUGUCGUAGCACCUGAUGCCGUUCAGCAUGCGCACCUGGCACCCCGCGGCCACCUCAGCGUACGCUAUUAGGUUCAAAUUCCUGUUGUUGUCCGUACCGUGCUUGUCAUGAAUCCAACCCGAAAUGAUCCGCUGCUCUGGCUGCCGAAGCAGCGUGACGAAGCUGCCCUUGGAAGCUCUCCAGCUGUUGCACCCACGUGGGUGCAUCAGGUCUUUGUCGGGGGCGAAGGAAAUUUGCUUGUGAUUGCACCGGAGCUCCAAGCCCCGAUCGCACUUCCAAUUCUCGAGUGUGCGCGCCUUCUUCAGAAGAACCUGGGAGUCGUACUGCAACCUCGAGAUGAAGUCUGAGUCCCCCAUCCCUGGGCACGCGUAGGACAAGAGGGUGUUCACAAAGGAGGUCCCGGCCUUCGGAGGGUGCAGCCACGCCAGCUGGCUCACGUUCAGCUGCAGGCGCGGCCGUGGUGCCGUGGAGGUGGUCACCGCCGCCAGCGCUCUCGUUGAGGUGUACCAUGUGGCAUCGGCACCGCCAGGCGCCGCGGCAGCCGAGACUUCUGCCCCGCCGCGGCCCGCGGCGGCAUCAAUGGACCGCGCCUGGUGAACCGAGCCCAGGCGAGGCCGCCGACAGCUCCGGCGAGAGCGCGCGGGCCGCCACACACAGCGCGCUGACCGCGGAUAGGGCGAGGAUCAGCGGCCUAGCCAGCUGCCCGCCGAACCUGGCCGCCCGGCGGCUGCCCCUCCGCCGGCCCGUCCGCUCGUCGCCGCAGGCUGUGCUGGGGCCGUGCCGUCUGCAGCCUCAGCGGCACUCCUGCCAGAGCGGCCUGGCAUGCGCGGCGCCGGCGCGCUCUCUCAUGGAUUGAUGGUCCCCGAUCUUGCACUCGCGCAUCGGCAUAGACCGUGCCCUGGCAUUUGCCAGCUCGAACU